AUUUUUCCAUUUUGGAUUAAAACGGGGGAAUAUUUCCAGGACUUUGUUUAUUGUUCCCAACAAAGUUCCAUAUCCUGAAAAAUAAUCUCUUUGGGAAAAGGAGCAGAAAUUUUUGGAUUCUUAAUUGUUGAGGUCUUUUGCUGAUUCGAACUGAGUGACCAUAAUUAUUUUUGAGGGAUUUUUGGUUAUUGAUCUAUUUAUCACAAUAACUAUUAUUAUUUCGUAGUAUAAUAAUUCUUUUUUGAAUAAAUCAUUGUUGCAGAGGAUCGACAAAUUCCGUGUUGAGUGGUUGGGUAUUUAUUUUUAUUUAUUUUUAUCAGAUUAAAGGUGUGGCAUAUUUUACCUGAUUCCUGUGACAGAUUUCCCCCUUGAGUGUAUGUGAAUUCAGCUUUAAGCCGAAUUUUACAAGUAUGUGCUAGCUAAGUAGAGAAGAAAAAAAACAUUUCCAUGUAGCCUACUGUAGAAAGUUGUCUCUCACCAGGCUGCUAUACGAUCCGUGCACCGACCCCUAGCAGAAUGUCAACCGUCAUAUGCGGCUUGCCUCUCGGAAAGUGACACCCUCUUUUAGCCAGUGCCGUCCAACUGAACCAGAACACGGCAACUUCUCGUCUAUGGGGCGUACUACCUCUGCGCUUAAACUGAGUUGUUGGUGAAAGUUGCCGGUCAGCAGUAAAGUUUCUCUGGACGGGACAGCAUGCGCUCCUUAGCAGGACUAAUUGUCAUCGUGGCGACUGCAAGUGUCUACCUCUACCUGCUGUCGACGCACCUUUCGCCGGGACCGACGCAGCUCCAGCCGGGGUCUGAGCCGGAGGGAGAGGCCGUACGAGAGUACAGGCUGACGUUCCCAUCAGACCUAGAGUCAUUACAGGAACUGGCCAAGACGCUCAAGUUUUACAAAACAGAGAACUACAGCUACGUUCUGCUACUGUUCUGUAGCGCCUACCUCUAUAAGCAGUCCUUCGCCAUACCUGGGUCCUCCUUCCUGAACAUGUUGGGAGGGGCAAUUUUCGGACCUUGGGUGGGUCUGAUGCUGACCUGCUUGCUCGCCACUUUCGGCUCCACGUUCUGCUUCCUGCUGUCCUCGACAUUUGGGAAGCAGUAUGUGGUUUACUUCUUCCCAGAGAAAGUGGCUCUGCUGCAGAUGAAGGUGGAGGAGAAUCGUAGCAGCUUAUUCUUCUUCCUCCUCUUCCUUCGUUUCUUCCCCAUGACUCCUAACUGGUUCCUUAACAUCACCUGUCCUGUCCUCAACAUCCCUCUAUCCAUUUUCUUCUUCUCUGUACUAAUAGGUUUAAUCCCGUACAACUUCAUCUGUGUGCGUACGGGCUCCGUCCUGUCACAGAUGUCCUCUUUGGAUGACAUCUUCUCGUGGGGGACGCUGACUCAGCUGCUGGCCAUUGCGCUCAUGGCUCUGCUGCCCGGAGCGCUCAUCAAACGCUAUGGCGCCACUCACCUCAAGCUGGAUGGUGUUGCCAGCAAUGGAACCAGCCGGGACAGGAAGAGCAGAUGACACUGAAUGCAAACGCUGCUCAGGUAGAGAUGGACGCUUGUGACCUCUAGACCUCUGCAAGGUCACUCUGGAGACUCCAGACAUUCAGGGCAGUACUUGUUUUGAACUUCUAUUUUCAUCAGGUUGUUCUUAGUCUUCAUUAACAUGAACUUAUUGUCUUAAAACACUUUAGAGGUUACUGUGGUGAAAAUCCUCCUCUUGAAUGGAUGGAAUGUCACAUUUUGCAAGAAAUUAUAAUUAUUUUGCACAGAGUUGAUUGUCACAUUCGAGAUGAGCAAAUCUUUCUGUUCCUGUUAAAGAUCUAAUGCAUGCACCGCAAAAACACUAAAUAUUACAAAGUAUUUUUGUCUAGUAACUUAAUAAACUUAAAAUCAGACAUACAUACUCACAGGUAAGUUCUGAAUAAGAUAUAUGAGCUGGUUUCAGGUAAAUAAUUAAUCAAUAUUAAUAAAAACAAUGGAUUAAUUCCACUGGCAAAUUAUUUCUUGUUAAAAGUGGAGAACUCUGCCAGGGGAGCUACUACUUUUUAUAUAUAUAUAUAUAUAUAUAUAUAUAUAUAUAAUCAGUACAAAACUCGUACUACUUACUGAGAAGUUCUUGUAACAUGAAAUGAGAAAAAAUGAAGAUAUUUCCAUUAGAAACUACAGAACGACAUGAGAUGUUUAUGCAGUGUGCUAAGGUUGCUAAUCAUGAUUAGUUUCAUCAUCACUUAUUCUGCAGUUUGUUGAAUGGAUUUAUGUGUUUUCUCUGUAAAAUGGGAGUGGUCUCGUUGCAGUGACUCAAAGUAAAUGUACAAAGUACUUCAUUUUUCUGUCACUUUUUUUCUUAAAUCGCUUCUUCAGAGUAAAUGUACAGAGUAUUGUUAAAUAGUUAUCAAUUAUUUGGCUACAUGUUCAAAAACACAACUGUUGUAAAGUCUUCUAAUUAUUAUUAUACAUAUUUUACUAAUUCGGGCUGCACAGUGGUGCAGUUGGUAGAGCUGUUGCCUUGCAGCAAGAAGGUCCUGGGUUUGAUUCCCGGCCCGGGGUCUUUCUGCAUGGAGUUUGCAUGUUCUCCCUGUGCAUGGUGGGUUCUCUCCGGGUUCUCUGGCUUCCUCCCACAGUCCAAAAACAUGACUGUCAGAUUAAUGACUGUGGGAUGUGACACAGCAUAGAGCAAUGGGGUGGGCGUGAGCAGCGCACACCGAAGAAUGUUUAACAGCACUGAGACCUCCCUCUUUUUUCAUUUGUCAUACAUAUUUUAGACAUAAGCCAGUAGAUUUUAGAUGUUAUAAAGUAACAUCUAUAGUCAGUCUUCUUCUGAAUUGGUUGUUUCUGACCAAGCGGCCUAUUUCUACAAAUGUGAUUUUUUUAUUUUUUUUAUUUAUUUAUUUUUUUUUUCACAGAUUAUCUGU